CUUGGGGAAAAGUUUUCGGCUGUAAAAAAGCGCUUGGUUUUAUUGACCAGGAUGAAACAAUCAAAACGUGCACUGGAAUUGACUGACUUGAGCUUUUUGUCUGCUGAGGAAAGGGAAGCCAUCCGUCAAGUGCUCUUGAAAGAUGAAGAUUUAAAACGACUGGAGAGGGGAAGACUCAGAGGCAUCAUCUGCUCCAAGAGUGGAUGGAAGAAAAGAAAAACUAUGAGCAAAACUCAAUUGCCCUGACCCACAAUGCAGUUCAUCAGAAGUACAACCCAAAGAGCUCUCUGAUGACCGAAAAAGAUCUGUUUUUCCAUUCUUAAGUGCAGUUCAAGACACUAAACCUGAAAGAGGCUCCACAAAACAUGCAACAAAUCCAGAGCCAAGGCGAAAAAUUUACUUCCUCCAGUACUACGGAAAGAGCAACUGUUUGAAGAGAAAUGGGUGGGUCAAAGAACAGCAAAAGGAUUACGUUGCCUGAUAGGUUUGCGCCUCAGUUUAGGAAUAGGACAAAGCUAUGACAAGAAAGUUGAUUGGAUGGAUUCGAUGGAUGAGGAAAUUCAAAUAUGGAAAAGAAUGUUGGCUAAUCCAAACAGCUGGGCUGAGGGAGAGCUUCCUCUGAGGUCCUCCAUGACCCCGAGGAAAUGAACCUCCUGAGGCUGUGGUCUCAGAUGUUUAGUUGCAAAAGAAAAACAGUUGUUGGUUCCCAAAACAAACCAAGCACAUUCUAUUACCAAUUCAUUUUCUCCUUUCAGGCAUUCUCUUAACAAAAAAGGAUAUUUUCUGCAAUGAUAAAAAGAGUAUAUUAAAUAAUAUGUUGAGAACUUAGUUUGAACAUCAGAUAUGAAUAUUAACCAUUGACUGUAUAUAUGUAAUAGUCAAUCAUGCUUAAUCAUAUUAAAUAAUUUAUCCAUGCAUAAAUUUAUAUAUGUAUUUUAAGAAAUGUAAUUGUUGUGAUUCAUUCUAAAAUUUAAUUUUUUAAAGUCGAUUGUUCACUGAAAAAAGAUAGAACAUGUUUUUUUUUAAAUUGCAAAUGUGAUUAGCAUUUAUAUAUUCUAUAAAUUACAGUGCUAUAUUAAUUUAACUUUUAAAAAAUGCAUAAAAUUGUUAUAUAAAUUGACAAUGUAAAUGCAGUGUUUACAUGAAUUUACUAAUUACUUAAACUUAUUUUACAAAACGUAACUGAAGAACUGAUCGGACCAGAAUGUUUCAUUCGUUCGUUCCAAGAGAAUCUUUCGAAUCUACUGUCGUCAUGAAGACAGAUAAGCUGGAACAUUCCCCAGUGUUUUGAAGGCCGGUUUGCGUCUGUGGCAUGCUGCUGAUUCUAACAACAGAUGGCGGUAUUUCACACUUUCACUGCACUCCCUCGUUCCAAGACAUUUCCUCCCAAAAAAUAUAACGGAGAUGGAGAAGUUCUGGAAGUCCAUAAGUUUGAGUCAGCGGACGUUUAACUUUCCUCCUUCUGACUAAGUCCCUUCGACGGAUGGGAGAUAAGGAAACUUUCGCCCUAAGAAAACUCAUUUUAUAGCGAAACUUGCUUAUUUUUGAGAGUUUUGUCAUUGAAAUGUUACAAAUAGUUAUCGUAAUUGUCAAGAAGUUUGGCAGUUUUAACGACUUUCCAGCUUGAAGGUUGGUUAUCUCCUGUCUAAUCCAGAACAUCUUUCAUCAUGGGUGACUGGAGCGCACUGGGGAAACUUCUUGACAAGGUCCAGGCGUACUCCACGGCAGGAGGCAAAGUCUGGCUCUCCGUCCUCUUCAUCUUCCGGAUCCUGGUGUUGGGGACGGCGGUGGAGUCCGCCUGGGGAGACGAGCAGUCGGCAUUCAAGUGCAACACGCUGCAGCCCGGCUGCGAGAACGUGUGCUACGACAAGUCUUUCCCCAUCUCCCAUGUGCGCUUCUGGGUGUUGCAGAUCAUAUUUGUGUCCAUGCCGACCCUCCUGUACCUCAGCCACAUCGUGUUCCUUAUGCAAAAGGAGGAGAAAUUAAAUAAAAAGGAGGAAAAAUUAAAAGACAUCCAGAGCAAAGGAGGAGAUGUGGAUGUGCUGUUGAGGAAAAUUGAAAUGAAAAAGUUCAAGUACGGCCUGGAAGAUCACGGGAAGAUCAAAAUGAGAGGAGGGAUAUUUUACACAUAUGUAGUGAGCAUCGUGUUAAAGUCAAUAUUUGAAGUUGUUUUCCUGUUGAUUCAGUGGCACCUUUAUGGAUUCAAGCUGUCAACUGUUUAUACGUGUCAAAGGUUCCCUUGUCCACAUAAAGUAGACUGCUUUUUGUCUCGUCCCACCGAGAAGACGGUUUUCAUCAUCUUUAUGUUGGUCGUUUCACUGGUCUCUCUGGCCCUCAAUGUCUUUGAGUUUUUUUAUGUGAUUUUCAAGAGGAUGAAGGAUCGAUUCAAAGAGUCAGAGAAAAACUUUGAAAGCGCCUGUAAUAUCAAGGCCUGCCCAAGGAACCCGUCCAGAUAUGGGUAUUACAACGACUGCUCGGCCCCCCUCCCUAAUCUGGGCUAUAACCUAGAUAUGGGCGAUAAAUCCAACUCCUCUGACAAUUACGACAAGCAGGCUAAUGAGCAGAACUGGACUAAUUACAGUACAGAACAGAACCAGCUGGGUCACACUCGGCGUUUUCCAUAUCCCGAGAAAGUGACUCUGGGGAAGGAUCUUCUGCUGCUCAAAGAGCUUGAACCUCGACCCAGCAGUCGAGCGAGCAGUCGGGCCCGGCCGGAUGAUCUUGACAUCUAGCAGAAGCCUCAAACACAGGUCCCAUGGACAAUUUCUAGCUUUUACAAGCCGUGAACAUAAAAAAUAAAUAAUAAUAAAACAAAAAACACUGUGAAAAGGACACUGUCACUGACAUCCAAAGAGUAAUAUUUUAACAUUUAUAUUUAUUUUAAGAGUUUUUGCUAUUGUCACUCAAGCCAAACAGUUUUUUUUUAUGUAAACUGUAUUUGCGCUGUGAUUGUAAGAAUUUAAAUAAUUUCAUAGGUUUACUCUAAAAUAAACAU